GGACACAAACAUUUAAUCCCACUCACACGUUAAAGACAUCUCAAUUUCUAUCUUCCUUUUGUUUUCUUCACAACUCUAAAUCUUUUCUUGCCUAAGUUUUUUAGGUGAAUGCCAUACUUGCACCACAACUCUUAUUUCUGCAGGUACCGACACAUCCCCGCGUGGCGUAAUUACUGGAUAAAUUUCCCGAAACUUAGCGCGAGUGACAAUCGAGCCCCUCAACUUCCACCAAAUUAUAUAAAUAACCCCUGAAAUUCAAAUGCUGAGGAAGAUCAAACGAAGAGUCAAAACCGUUAUAACGAAGCCUUUCAACAAGAAAAGGCGACCAAAAAAGCCGCCAUCGGCACCGCCCACUCCCUCCCCUUCGCCGCCCAUGUCGCCGCCGCCGCCAUCAUCACCCGCCAAGCUCCACCGAUCCCGCCCCUUCAUCUUCCCCCAAACUCACUCCGCCGUCCUCCCCGACCCCUCCCGAUUCUUCGCCCCCCACCUCCUCGCCGCCCCUCUCCCCACCAACUCCUUCUUCCAGAACUUCGCCCUCAAAAAUGGCGACCAGCCCGAAUACAUCCAUCCCUACCUCAUCAAAUCGUCGCAGUCGUCUCUCACCCUCUGCUACCCGUCUCUCUUCACGAAUCCCGCCUUCAUCUACCAAGUAUUCGUCGCUGAUCUCACCAUUUCCACGCUCAAUAACCCGAACCCUAGCUCAACUCAUGUUAUAUCCUCUUUCUCCGAUCUCGGCGUCACUCUGGAUUUCCCCUCCAACAAUCUUAGAUUCUUCCUAGUUCGAGGUAGUCCGUAUUUGACCUGCAGUGUGCUGAGCGCAGUUUGCCUCUCGAUUUCCACCAUUCACGCCGUUCUCGAGCUGACUCCCAACAGUUCAUGCACAAAAUACACAAUUAGGUUGAACAACAAUCAGACAUGGCUGCUCUACGCAUCUUCGCCGGUAAAUCUGAGCCACGACAUCAACAUGAUCACUUCUUCUACUGUGUUUUCCGGCGUGAUUCGGAUUGCAGCAUUGCCGGUGGCUUCCCCCAAAUUCGAGUCGAUUCUCGAUCAAUUCAGCUCGUGCUACGCCGUGAGGGGCGAUGCCGUGUUCACAAAACCCUUCUCUUUGGAUUACAAAUGGGAGAAGAGAGGCUGGGGGGAUUUAUUGAUGCUCGCACAUCCUCUCCAUCUCAGGCUUCUCUCUGAUUCCGACUGCUCUGUAUCCGUGUUGGAUGAUUUCAAAUACGACAGCAUCGAUGGAGAGCUCGUUGGUGUAGUCGGCGAUUCCUGGGCUUUGAAAAGUGAGCCCGUAUCCGUAACUUGGCAUUCGAUCAAGGGAGUUGAGGAGAGUUCAUGUGCUGAAAUAAUCGAAGCUCUCGUUAACGAUGUGGCGGCAUUGGAUGCUCGUGCAGUGACAACGCCCUCGUCUUACUUCUACGCCAAAUUAGUUGCUAGAGCAGCAAGGCUAGCAUUGAUAGCUGAAGAAGUGUGCUACACCGAUGUGAUCCCUGCAAUCAAGCAGUUCUUGAAGCAGACGAUCGAGCCGUGGUUGGAGGGGACCUUCGGGCCUAAUGGAUUCCUCUACGAUGCACAAUGGGGAGGCAUUGUGACAAAACAAGGGUCGUUGGAUUCGGGUGCUGAUUUCGGUUUUGGAGUGUACAAUGAUCACCAUUAUCAUCUCGGAUACUUCGUUUAUGGGAUUGCUGUGUUGGCCAAGAUUGACUCUACUUGGGGGAGGAAGUACAGAGCGCAGGCUUACGCGUUGAUGGCGGAUUACAUGAACCUGAGCAGGCGGGAGAACUCAAACUACACGCGGUUGAGAUGCUUCGAUCUGUGGAAGCUGCAUUCUUGGGCGGGAGGGCUGACGGAGUUUGCAGACGGGCGGAAUCAAGAGAGCACGAGCGAGGCUGUGAAUGCAUACUACUCUGCAGCUCUGAUGGGGCUGGCCUAUGGAGACAGCCACCUGAUUUGGAUCGGUUCGACCAUCUCAGCUUUUGAGAUUCUUGCUGCGGAGACAUGGUGGCAUGUGAAGGAGGAGGGGAAGAGUUUGUAUCCAGCUGAAUUUGUUAGAGAUAAUAGAGUUGUUGGGGUGUUGUGGGCUAGUAAAAGGGAUAGUGGGCUUUGGUUUGCUCCUGCUGAUUGGAAGGAGUGUAGGCUGGGGAUUCAGCUGCUGCCUUUGCUCCCCAUCAGUGAGGCGCUCUUCUCCGAUGCUCGUUUCGUGAGGCAGCUGGUUGAGUGGACUGUGCCGGCGUUGGCAAGGGAGGGUGUCGGGGAGGGGUGGAAGGGGUUCGUGUACGCGUUGCAAGGGAUGUACGACAAGGGAGGCGCGCUGGCUAACGUUAGGAGCUUGAAUGGGUACGAUGAUGGGAACUCGCUCACCAAUCUGCUCUGGUGGAUCCAUAGCAGGGAUGAUCAACCAGAGGAGUACUCUGAUAGAUUGUGUUGGUUUCGACAUUAUAGUCACUGAUUGUAUGAUGUUGAGCUUGUUUGGUUAUCGAAUAUUGCUUUGCUUUGAUAUUC